CCAAGAGUGUUUGCCCAGUGUUUGGGGGCCGGGACCUGCAGUGGCUUUACCUGUCACUCAAAGUAGUGAAACAUGUCAUGCAUUUGUCUGCCUUUGUCCUCCUCAUUUGUUUGUCUGGAAGAGAUAACCACACAGAGGUGGUGCCUGUCCCGGCUCUAUUGUGUGAAGCUGUUGUCAGCCCAUCACGUCCAUCCAUCCCCUCCCGGCCCCAUCUCCCCUCUUUCCCUUCUUUCUCCCUGCUCCACGACUGGUCAUUUUGCCACUAUUUUCUGGCUGCGGGGGGUGACCCAGGCAAUUUAGUUAAUCCAUUAACAACUAAUUGUCUCCUCCUACCCUGUUGCUUGGACAAACAGCCCAGUGGGGGGAAGUCAAGCCCUGGUGACCUAUAAAAGUCAUGCUGGAAGAGGAGGCAGCCACUGUCACUGCAUGGAUCCCUACAGUCUUGACUCUACACAUUUACUGGGACUUAAUAGCUUUGGAUUUGUAUAUAGUGUGGAGUCAUAGAUAAGUGACUCAUUUUUUCUUUCUCUUGAGUCACGCUAUCUAGUUAAUCAAUUUCAGUCUCUCUUAUUCUUAUUUUUUAUUGAUUUGUUUUUUUUUGGUUGGUGGAAAUGUUGGGGAAUUUGUGGAUACUCUGCCUGUGCCUCUGCUUCUCCUGGGCAGAAGGUCGUAUAUGGGCCUGGAUGCUCAACAUGCCUCACAGCCCUCCCAAAGAUGGAGCAAAGGCACUUAGAGAGAGCGAUCCUGUAGCCAAAGCAACCACGGCUGUGUGCGACCAUGACAGGGCCUGUGGGCGAGGUUUCUCCUGCGAUCGACACUUUGGUCUUUGUGUUCCUCUACGAGGGGAGGGCCACUACUGUCGCAGGGAUGUCCAAUGUGUCCGCGGACUCAGCUGCAUGUUUGGGAAGUGCCACCGCAGCAUCCCCAAUGGACAAGAGGGUGCCAGAUGUAAAGUUGACAGGGACUGCGGAGCAUCCAUGUGUUGCGCUCGACACCACGGUGAACAGGUGUGCAAGAGACGUCUGAUCCGAGGCGAGAGUUGUUAUGUUCCUGAUGGUGGCCUGGCAUUCAGCAUAAACCAGAUUUGUCCGUGUGAUGAGGGGCUACGGUGUCGUGAAAACAGUGCAUCACACCAAAGAGAGGGAGAUUUUAUUUACCAACCAGAACGAACAAGUUGGACCUGCCAAGUACCCAAACGUUGAUGUUGGCCUCAAAAUUAAAGCUAUUUAUUAUGUAAAUAUGUUGUAUAUAAAAAAACAUAUGUAUUUUCAAAUAUGUUGUAUUAUAUGUUCUUAUUAGAGUCUUACCACAAGGAUCACUUUGUAAAAUUUGACAAAAGCACUACUUUAUGUAGGUGGGCUCAACAAUGCUAUUAUGUCUCAUACAGUAUCCUCCUCAAUGCAUUUUGUGAUGUUUAAUUAUAUCUAUAAAUGUCUAUUCCCCUUCAAUUUAA